GUGGGUUGGUUGGCGUCAGCCAGGGUGAUGGUGCGGACGACAUGGCUACGUAGGAAGGCUGGUAUGCCACAGGACUGCGUCGCACAUCGAUCAAGUAAGCCUCUGGUCGGUGAUGAAUGGGAGAUGAGGCCAAGGGAGAGAGAACAGGGCAAGGGAGGACGCCCGGGAUGGUCAGGGAGGCAGAGGGAGAGGUGUGGGUGUGUGUGGUGGCGUUGUGGUGCGCAUGCACUGCAGUGACCUCAUCUGUGGGUGUCUGUGGGUGUUCAACCUGGUGCGUCUUCAGGAGGUGGUAGUCUGGACGCUGUCGGACGCUAAGCGGUCCUUCCUGGUAGGCCAAGCCAGUGGGUAAGCCAGGAACCAGCUAUAUGGAUGGAGAACCGCACAUCGCGACACCACAGCCGUGUCAAGGCCAGAGAAUGAUGAUCUGAUCCACAUCGUUCCCUCCCGUGCUGUUUGUUGCGUGUGUCAGGUGGUGUUGGUGCUGUAGGAUUGCGGUCGGUUGUUUCUUCUCUCUCCUCUCUCCUGUCCCCCCCUCUGAUUCCCACGAUUCCUACGUCUCAGCUUCCCGAGUCCAUCGGCACCUUUGCCGCCAGGGCAGCAGCAGCCAUGAGGUACACACACAUACCUCGAACACACACACACGAACAUCCUGACCAACCACCGAGACACUUGUUUCCUUCCCUGUGUUGUCAUCUCUCUCUCCCCAGCGACCGCACUCGUGCGCUGCUGCAUCGCUUCUCGGCGUCUGCCCCCGCGCACAAGCGCACCACUACAUCGUCCUCAUCGCAGCAGCAGCACAAGGGCAAGGGCGCCGGGGCCGGCAAAGCCAAGACGGCUCCCGCAGCCGGCCGAUCGCCGCCCGUGCCCCCCGUCCAGCACACACAGCGGUCGUCGCGCCGCAACAGCAGUGCGGCGGCCAAUGCCGCCAAUGACGCGAUGGACGUGUGUGUGGUCGAGGAGGACGACAGGGAGCGUUCCGACCGUGCCAACCGUGCUGAUCGUAACAGGGUGGUGGCCAAGCGUAGCGGUGCUGGUGCUGGUAUUGGUGUUGGUGUGUUGAAGAAGGUGUCGUCUCCGUCUGAGGACUCGACGCAGGCCAAUGGCAAGAGCACCCAGGGGGGCAGCGACCGAGAGGUGAACUCGUGAGCCUGUGGGACACACGCGCGGGAUUUGUACGUGUGGGUGCAUGGCAUGUGUGUCUCGCUCACCGCUCAGGUGUGUCGCGGUGAGGCCAGCGAGGAUUUGGGCAUGGAUGACUGCUGCGAGGGCGAGGACCAGGGUGGGUGCGGUGUUUGCAAACAUACCAAUGCCACACAGACAGACAGACAGAGACACGGGCGGCGUCUCACAUGUGUGUGUAUGUGUGUUCAGAAGGCUUGCUGUCUGUCGAUGAGACCAACAAACAGAAGAUCGACCACAUCAGGUAGGUACCUACUGCGGUCAGUCACACGGUGGGUGGUAUCCACGUGUCGUGUGUGUGUGUGUGUGUGUGUGCAGGAAGAUGCGUCGGCAGCUGGGCAUGAACUACUUCGUCAAUGUCAAUGAGAACCCCGUAUGGCCGCCCAUCAAGAAAAACAAAUUCACCAGUCAGUACUGUACGCCACGGCACGCAAGAAGCCAACUCAGGUGCACCAUCUUCAUCUUGUGUGUUGUGUGUGGUACAAACAGCUCGUUCGGGCCGCACUCGCAACCCGUUGCCGCCCCCGCCGCCCCCGAAGCCUCGCCAGUCGGGCAAACCGUCUGGUGGGGGGGGUGGGGGGGACAGCAGCGGCAAUAGCAAGGGGCUCAGGCGAUCCGCUAGACAGAGGGUGAGGGUGGGUGGAUGUCAGAAUGGAGGACAGGGCGGCGCGUGUGUGUGUGUGUGUGUGUGGCGCCGUGCCGUAUGAUGGUGUGUGAUGUGUGUGUGUCAGGGUGAGGAGGCUGAGGUUGUGGACGACUCGAAGAAGAGGGAAUCGGACGAAUCGGGUGUGUACACAUUCAGCCAUCCAUCCAUUCAUUCGUGAGGCGAUCUGUCCGCAUAUAUGUGUGUGUGUGUGUGUGUGUGCAGAGGCCACGACCAGCAAGAAGAGGAGGGCUUCUCUGAAGAGCUACAAAGGCCUAGAAGAAAUCGAAAAGAAACUGGUAUCAUACACACAGCAGGACGCGCCAGCACAACACCGGAAGCCAUGCACACACACACACACACACCCUCCCUGUCCUGUCUGUCUGUGUGUCCAUCCAUCGAUCGAGUCGAGCAGGCUACGUUGUGCGAUGGCGUGUACACGAAGCGCUCCACACUCGGCCGACAUGCCGGCCUGGGGCUCUAUGCUGACCGGUACUUGUCUAUGCUGGCACCGACAAGUACUCUUGUGUCUGCACACGUGUGGUCAUGUUGAUCAAUCAGUUUCUUUGCCAAGAAUUCGAUCAUCACCGAGUUCGUGGGGUACAUCAUCGACCGCGACGAGGCCAUGCGCCUUCGCAGGGAGAGGUGCGCACGCACAAAUGGAUGAAUGAAUGAAUGCAUGCCAGCACACAGACGCGUAUGCACCCUCCCCUCCCCUCCCCUGUGUGUGUGCAGGAAGGCCACGCACAUCGCCGACAUCGAAAAACCCUUCUUCUACAUCGAUGGGUCAGUGACAGACACGCACACACACACAGACAGCAGAGUCUUGUUUCUGUGACACGUGGGUCUAUAUGUGUGUGUGUGUGUGUGUGUGUGUGUUUUGUAGUGAGAAGGAGCCGAAGCCCUUCAUUGGGGGCGGCUCGUUCGCCAACGACGGCAGCCAGACCAAGGAGACCCCUCAGGGCCGCAUGCCGCCGCCGGGCAACAACUCCAAGUUCUUCAAAAUGUUCGACCACAAACAGGUCCACAUCGACACACGCACAUGUGACACCCCCAGCCCACGGACAUCCCUCUCUCUCUCUCUCUGUGUGUGGUGCAGGGUCGCACGCGCCUGUUCAUAAAGGCCCUGCAGGACAUCCACCCAGCCGAGGAGAUAUUCGUUGGGUACGCACACACACACACGCAGAUCCACACACACACAGACGCAUCAUUCAUUCAUUCCGUGUGUGUGUGUAUUGUGUGUGUGUGUGUUGUGUGUGGUAGGUAUUCUCGUGACUACUGGAUCGACGUUGAGGAGGAGGACAACAGCUCUGAGGAGGAAAGGCGACGCGAGGAGAAACGCAAGAAGCGAAGAAACCAAUGACUGACUGACCACGCUACCUACACUCAUACUCUGUCUGUCACGUCCGCACAUACAUACGCACAUCCAUCCCAUCCCUGUCUGUCGUGGCUGUUGGUUAAUGUUAUUUUCGAUGCAUCCAAGCGUAUAUGCGUAAGCGGGAUGGAUGGCUGGCUGGGGGAAGACAGACGGAUGGGAUAAUGGGUGGCUCUGCGAUUGACUAGGCGAAUGGAUGGAUGGAUGGAUGCCUUCGUGUCUGUCUGCACGGAUGUGUGUGCUGCAAGUGGAUGCAUGGAUGGAUGGAUGGAUGGCUGGUACUUAGUUGCCUGCCUGCCUGCCUAAGUCAGAAGGGGGCGGUGCGAUCUGCGAGCGUACGUACGAGUAUCGCGGUGUGCGUGGCCGUGUUUGAAGCUACUUACUGGUAAGUGGGUGACCGACCGAGCGACCGACACGAGUGAGUGAGAAUUCGCGCUGGCCGCCGUCCUUGCCUCUGGUCUUUGGCUGCCGGUGUGUUAUGUAUGUCUGAGCCGAUACCCAAGACCAGACAGACAGGCAGCUGCGGCCGGGCGGGCGGGAAGGCUGGCGAGCUGGCGUGCAGACAGACAGACAGCCAGACAGACAGACAGACAGAGACUGACAGAGGCAGAUGGGAAUGUCUGUCUGGCUUGGUUGCUGUGUGUGCGUGUGUGUGUGGUUGUCGAUGAUCGCGUGAAUAAGUACCCUGCCUUUCUCUACAUAUCAUAACAUAACAUACUCUGUCUAUCUGUAUUGUAACUUUCCCUUAUUUUAUCUGUGUGUGUGUCGUGGUGUGUGUGGAGUGGCUGAGUACGAAAUGCAUACGGAUGCGAUGCUUUCAAACAACUGACUGACUGACUGAGUGGGGGUGGACAGAUGGGACGGAUGGAUGGAUGGCUGCCUGGCUGGCGGGUGUGAGUGUGUGACUUGACGACGUACUUUUGGCUGGCGUGUGUCGCGUGAUACUUUUCUCUCUCCAGUCAGUGUGUGUGAGCGUGCUGGUCGGUGAGUAAGUAUGGUAAGUAUGUAAGGUGAGUGAGUAAGAGAGAGACGGCGGCCUGCUCCGAUAAACAAACGGACGGAAUGCAUCGGCCGCCGACUGACUGACUGACUGAUGUGGUGUGUAUCUGCGUGAAUGCGUGUGUGUAUCUAUAGCUAUCUAUAGCUAUCUUUACAUGGCGCGGGUGUGUGUGUGUGCGGACGUACCGUGAUGGAUGGAUGGAUGCAGACCUGCAGGUGCGUGCGUGCGUGGGAAAGUGAGUGAAUGGAUGGAAUGCGUGUGUCGUGUCCGUGUGUAUUUUUUCUCACUUUGAGAGCCGAGAGAGAUUCAGAGAGAGAGCGUCAAUUUGUCCCAGCUGCCUGGCUGCCCGGCUGUCUGUCUGUCUGUCUGUCUAGCUAUCUAUAUAUCGGCUGCGUGCCGUUGGUGAGUGCCUUAAUUGUGUGAGGUAAGGUGGUGUGUGCACAUCACAUCACAUCCAUCGAGUCGACCGGCUUGUGGUGCGUGUCCCUGCUCGCGUAUCAAUCAACACACACAUACACAAACAUACUCAUAUACUACUAGUACUACUACUACCAUCCGUGCGGAUGAUGUGUGGGUGGAUGGAUGGUGGGUGCACGUUGGACAGACACGCCAUUCAUUCAUUAUCCAUUCAAGGGGAC